AUGGUGAUGAAGGCUUUCCCCCUUUCCCUGUUAGCGGCAACCACUGUGUUAUUACUGCUGCUUCCUGUUCCUGGUAGGUGUGCUGAUUGCUUUGCUCAUUCAAAUGAUUACUCCACUCCCGGGGAGCCGUUCGGCAAAUCGAAGCACACAAUCACCUUAAGUGGUGGGAACUGGGGCACUGUCAUAGGCAGUGACGGAAAUGCACUAAAGACGGCCCUUCUACUUGACAUUUACGCUCAAAUACUGCGACGGCAUGCUUUUAACACUUCCGUCACCGUCGACGAUAUGCGACAGGGAGAGCAUGGCAUGGAAGCUGAAGUAACCGUUACACAGGUUUUGUUGACUGAUGUCCCUAGGGCCGACUUGCAGCAUACAUGGAAUCCCAACGAAAUAACAUCGUUGUUAAUGCAAGGGGUGUACAAACACACAAAAGAUAAACACGAUCCGCAUUCAGACGUCCAUCUCGUUAGUGUCAGACUCCCCGCUGCGACUACAGAGCUCCACAAGUGUGGGAAGGCCUGUUGGACUGUUCGGUUAAUAGGCAUCUUUAUAGGGAUAGCCAUGAUUCUCAUUGCAGCAUACACUAUAUUCAUAACGCGUAAAUGGGAAAAGCAAGCGGAAAAAGAACCGGAUGACGACUCUUCGCGGGAACCAUUGCCAGAACAAGAACAGAGGAGGUCGAGAACACGCGUGUAG